UACAUCAGCUGAGGAGAGGCCGAGGAGGAGACUUGGCAACUGAGCUAGGUGGAGUGAAACAACAGCUACGUGGCAACAUGUCCCAACAGGUCCAGCAGAUGGUGGGUGGCCAGGUUAUGCAGGGCCAAAUGGUACAAGUACAGGGACAGGUCGUCUCGGGCACACAAGUAGUUAACAGUGCAGGUCAGGUGGUGAUGUCAACCACUUCUGGUCUGACAAGUCUAAGUGGUCAACAGUUAGUUACACAGCUGGUGCCUGGCCAGACUAUGCAAGGUCAAGUGGUGCAUCAAGCCACAGCUCCAUUAGGUGUCAACACAACUCUUGCUUCAAGCCUCACUCAAGGACAGGUUGUCAAUGCACAGACUGUGACAGGGGUACAGCAAUUGGUACAAGGUCAGCAAAUACAAACUGUAAACAACCAUGUGUCUCAACCAAACAUGGUUGCUGCAGCCACACAAGUGAAGACUACUGGUCCCAACCAGGCAGUUCCAGCGCCGACUGCAUCCUCUAAUGUGACAGCAGAUUCCACAGCACCGGUUCUCAACAAACAGAGAAUUACUGAACUGGUUAGGGAAGUUGAUCCUAAUGAACAACUAGAAGAAGAAGUGGAGGAAAUGCUUUUGUCUAUUGCGGAUGAUUUUAUUGAGUCGACUGUUAAUGCAGCCUGUCGCCUGGCAAAGCACAGGGGAGCUAGAGUUCUUGAUGUCAAAGAUGUGCAAAUGUAUUUAGAACGCAACUGGCACAUGUGGAUACCAGGCUUUGGUACAGAUGAACUACGGCCAUAUAAGAGAGCACCUACAACUGAAGCUCACAAGCAGCGGCAAGCACUUAUUAGGAAAGCAAUAAAAAAGUAUUGAGGUUUCAGAAUUUGUUAAGUGUUUAAUUUCUUCUCCAAUUUAGCUACUUUUAACUGUCUUAUUUUUAAGUGUAAUUUGCUAUGCAAUAAUACACAGUUCAUUAAAAAAUAUAUAUCUACUGAGGUACUCCAUUUUAUAAGUUGUUUCUGCAGUGUAAAGGUGUAAGUGUCUUUGUAUUUUGUAAUUUGCUGAGAAAGGUGUGAUAGUGAAUGUAUGAGUAUCUAUGGUUUAAUAAAUAGGGUUUUUUUAUAGCAAUUCAUGCAUUCAAGAUUUUUGUGACAGUGAGAGUAUUUCUCCUGUAUCAAAUGCUGUGUAGUUUGAAUUGUAAAAUCGGUGUAUAAAUCAUAUGAAGUUUGUAUGGUACUGCAUUGAAUAGAAUCAAUUAUCACACAUUGACCAUUACAAAUUUGUAUGGUACAGUUAAGUUUUCUGAUCUAUAAAUUUGCAAAAUCUGGAUUUACCUUUAUACAAUUUUCAAACAUAACAGAAAUGCAAAUACUGUACCAUAUGUGAAAGCAUUUUCGGUUGAAUUAAAUUUAUUUAAUGGUGUUUGAAAAUACCAGUCAUAAUUUCUUAAAUUUGUUCAGGACUCAUUGAAAAUUAUUGUAUUAAAAUUAUGGUACCCAUUCCACAACCUGUGUUAUAUUUCUUUUUAACUCGGUUCUUGUCAAGAUUACUAGAUUUUGAAACAAAAUAUGUAGAUGUACAGUAAUGGUUCACCGUAUUUGUGAUUGUUGUCGUUACUGUAAACUCCGAAUUCAGAUGAUCCCAAGAUUGCACUGUGCCAUGAUUAGAAUUUGGAUCUAGAACUGCUUGACAUUCAUGCUAUGGACUAUUCCAGGAGCAAAUAUACUAUCUCUAAUUAGUCUCUAUUUUACUCAGUUAAAGGUUAAAAGGUGGAACAAUAAGGAUAGUACAGUACAUGGGAGGGUAUAAGAGGGGGAAAGUAAUUAUAUACAGUAAUGAUAGGUUGGCCUGGAGGCUCUUCUGUCAUGGCCACACCCACAGAUGGGGGCUGUCAGGACAAGUGUAGUUUCAUAGACGAGAGAGAAAUAUAAGCUAGAUGAAUUAAAUAAAUAAUAUAUAUAGUUGCUGACAAAAGUUCGCUCCGUUUGUUGAAACCGAGUCAUGGAAACGAGUUUCCGAAUUUACCUACCCUGACUGGUCUGGUGUGGCUGUGCUGCUUUAUUUUAUUUGGGGUUGAUGCUUCAUGUUGGGAGGAGUUAACUUUUGACCCAACUGUACACAAUAUGUUAGUCAAUGCCAUUAUAUUUGGUACUUGUACUUAAGUUCAUUUGAUUUGAAUUUUUGAACUGAGUAAAAUGGAAAAUAUUCUGCCAUAUCUCUUCCUCAGUUAUGGCAAGUGUAUGCUUGAACAUAGAGAAUUUAGAAUGGCUAUGCAAUAUUUUAAUUCCAAGAAUAGCGUAGUACAGUAUAAUCCCUGUCAUUUGAAUUCAGAGUUCACGCAUAACAUAGUACAGUAUGUGGCUAUUAUGGUUUUGUGAGAUUUUUAUAGGAACACCUUUGCAGUAGAUGAAAAAGUUUUGGGUAAUAAUAAUGAUAAUGUGUAAUGUAAAGAAAACCCACCAGUAGGAGAAAGAACACUGUUUUCUGACAGAGCUUCCAUGGGCAAUUGAGGCCAACAAAAGUCCUAUCUUUUGAUAAAAUAAAGAUUAAAGUUGGUUACUAGAGUAUAGAAUUUAAGUAAAGCCUUGGGUUGUAGUUUUAUGAUGUCAUGUAAUUAAAGGUAUUAUAGUUCCAAGAAUGUGCAGUAACAAUUAAGUCUUUGUUUGUACUAACUGUGGGGGUUGGGAAUCAUCUUCAGUUUAGUGUAAUAGAGAAAUUUUAUUGUGGAUUGGAGAGGGUUUCUGUUAUAUAAUGUCCAAGUGGUUGGAUUUGUUUUUGUUUUGCAAUACUAUGAUAUAUAGCUAAUAAGUACAGUAGUGGAAUAAAUUUUAAAACAUGUCAGUGAAUUACUGUUUGAACUAUAUUUUUAGGUAGGGGAAUUAUUGGGAUUAUUUAUUUAUACGGAGAUUUAUUAAAAAUGUAAAUUGUA